GGAAUAGCGAAAUCGAUAUCAUCAGCUUUUUAUUUUUUUAGUUUGGUCAAGAUUUUCAAUUAUAGUUCAGAUUCAGAACAUGAUCAGAAUAUAAAUGUUGCCACGUCGUUAAUCUCGAUUGAUACACUCACACGUGCCCGUUCGACUUCGAUUCAAUUGGUACACCUACGGUUCAAUUGGGACGCAGAUCUCGAUUGGUACAAGAUGCGGCCGUCGUCCUCACGCAUGAGACGAGGCUCGAUGUCAGGCGUGCUCCUGCUUUUCCUGGUCUCUAAAAAGAUAUAUGGCACUUAUGCUUACAAUACUAUUGUGGGAAAGUAAUACUAAUAGUUAUGUCGAAUCUGCUUGUGCUGGCGCAGCCCUUUUUUCUUGGAGUAGGAAAGAGAUAAUAAAAGGGUAUCUAUUUCAUCACCUUUUGCACUUCUUUUCAUGAUCUACUUUUACUGUUACUUCGUUUUAAUUCUUACUUCUUUGGAAGUUCUUACUUCUUUGGAUGUGCAAAAAGUGACAUAAUUCUCAAAAAUGUCAAUUGCACAAUGUGACCAAAAGGAUCAUUAAGCAUGUCUAUGAACUGUUAGCACCCGUCUUCCUUAAAUGGGUAGCGAGAGGCAGAGUUCUGCCAAAUAAACACAAAGCGCGAGGGCGUAGCGCCUGCCUGUUUUGUUGGGGAACCGGAGGCAGACCACUGCCGCGAACGCGCCCGCUUUGUUUGGGUAACGCGUGGCAGAGCACUGCAAAAAGCCAACAAAGUGGAGCGCGCUCAGACGCAACGCACGCAAACACCGCACACACAAGACCGCAAGCGCUUUCGGGGUGUCUUCUGUGCUGGCUGUACUCGUUUGGUGAGCGAGCGGGGGCGCUUGGCUGAGUACGGCCGGGCGAACAGUCUGACACCCCGCGGCGAGUCUUGUGCGGCGAGGAGCGCUAAGGGCCUGAGCUUGGUGCCUUUGCGCAAACAAGCACUCGCAGAUGCGAGGCCACUCCGGAAGACACGCGAGGCCCCGCUCUCGAUCGUUGUCGACAUCGUGGCACUUGCGAACUUUUACGGCCCCGCCUCUGGGGGUUUAAACCGGCCCUCUGCGUGCGACGUAGAUAUCCGUCGAGGCCCGGAUGCCGCACCAAGUUGCACACCUGCCAGCGGGUAUAUCAGUAGCCGAGUGCGACCCCCGCUCUGCAGCAAAGAGGGGCUUCACUGAGUCGAUUCCCGUCUGUUUCUCCUGAUAGAUUGCACCACUCGAGCCCCGCAUACGACUCUCGGGCUGUCUUUUGGUGGAGCACCAUAAGACUUCUUAUAUAUAAUUUAGCUAAGUAACUAGGUACUGUUAGCAUUAUUUGAUAAUCUGAAGCAUGAUCUCUCUGGAGCGAUUAGCACUCUCAUGAUUGUUCUGGAGCGUUUGCUCGUGAAGUAUACGAUCCAGAUCCACGACCUGAUGAUUCGGGAGACCCACCACCUGGUGCUGAUGCUGACCAUGACGACCAACUGCCUACCUUUCUUGAAGCAACUACAGGUGGCAGUAGUAUUAAGGGUACUCGGAUAAAAGUGUUCACGAUAUUACCACUUGUUUUGCCGCUUCUAAGGGAGAGAGGCAGAACAAACGGGAAACAGAGACACCAAAAUCCUAUCUCUAACACUACGAAGAAUGGAACCGAAAGCAGCUACAACUACAACACUAUGAAAAUUAUGGCUAUCAUCAUCAUCAUCAUCACCAUCAUAUACUUCAACUCCUUCACUACGCACUUUUUGGUCUAUAGAAAUUUUCUCAUGAUUCAUAGAGAAGCUGGAAUAUCAUGCUUUCUUUAUGGAGCGAUGUUGCUGAUGAUUUUGAUGAUGAUGUUGACUCAUCCCCAUCGUUAUCAUCGGACAGCACUGUUCCUGGCUAGUAUUCUUUUAUCUCAUGUGCAAGUGCAUGAAUAACGAAAGUGGUGUAGCUGACAUGCUAUCAUGAGGCAUGGCAUCAUGGAGUUCUGUAGAAAACCGGGGGAGGGUGUGUUUUUAUUUUGUACAUAGUAGACCGUCUCAGACGUCGUCGAGGGAUACUUUGCCAAUAAAUUUAAAUGCUAGAAGGUAGAGCUAGAGCAAAAUUAAAUAUAUCUAGGGAGCCACAACUCGCUCCUCCUCUACCUCUAAUAUGAACAAGACAGGAGGUGGGAAGAAGCAGGGCUUGGCAAACGCAGGGCCUCGCAUGUCUGACAACGAUCACUACGAUAACACCUCAGAGGAAAAAAAGCCUUCGUCGAACAGGGUUUCGAAUACGAAAGGAAAGCAUCAUGGAAUGCGAGCAAAUGCGGAUGAAAAACAUGAAAAGAAAGUUAGCAUGAAUUGGGAUACUGCAUCACAGAACAACAACAGGUACAUAUUUCAAUUUAUACAGACUUUGUUUCUUAUCGAAGAUGAUGAUCAUGAUCAUGAUUCAUCCAAUGAAUGGUUCCGGUAUUUUUGGUAUAGCCUGAAUUUGAUCCUAAGGGAAAACAAGAAGAGAACCCUUAGGAUCAAACUCAGGAUACCAAAUACCAGGACCAUACAUCCAAGUCAACGAACUCAAAAAUUUGUUUUAGGUCUCGCGAUGCGCAGCAUGGCGAUUCGAACUGGUCCAAAGUAGACCACGAGUAUCAUGAGCAAGCAAACUUGACCGAGGAUUAUCAAAAGUCAAACACAAGUAGAACAGAGACGCAGCCCUCGUUUACGUAUGAUUUAAUUUUGCUAGUAGCUACUCAACGUAUUUUACAAGCGAUGGCUGCUGUAGUUUUAUUUUGUUCUUACAUCUUGAACUAGAAGAGUCUAGGCCAUCUAUCAAAACUCUUUCUUCACUCGCCACUUGUAUAUAGUUUAUGGUGGUGAUUUGUUCUUCACCAGCAUUCUCUUAGAAGUCCAAUAUAUUUAUGAAAAACACCACUGUAGGUGUAGCAGUAGCACACAUCUAGGUCUCUGCGUGAUCCUUACCCUACUCGGAUACUAAUUAGGUACCGCGAUUCGCAUGGCGAAGGCAAUUCAUCCUGGUCCAAAGUAGGCCACGACUAUGAGCAAGCAAACUUGACCGCGGAUUUUUAUCAAGAUUCAAACACAAGAACAGAGAAGGAGAAGCAGCUCUCGUAUACGUAUUUCAAUCUACGUAUUUCAACUUUGUAGACGUAGCCCGUAUUUUCGUUAGUACCCCAAUAGGUAGUUGCUUCGUCAGAGAAUAUGCGCUCCUCGAUUAUAUGAAGCUGACAACGUAGUUGCUCUUUUGUUCACCAACAUCCUGAUCCAAUAAAUUCGUAAAAAAAAAACGUAAAAAAAAAACGACUGUAACUAAUACGCAGACACAUCUUCUACGCGUGACAUUUAACCUAACCGAUCAUAAGGUCUGAUCGCCCGCAACCCGGAGAUUAUUACUGGUUGAAAGGCCGCGACUAUGAGGAAACAAACUUGACGUUGGCCGGGGAUUACGAACAUUCAAACACAACAGAGAGGCAGCUUUCGUAUUUCCAUUUUUCUAGCUAUAUUCCAAAUUUGUAGACCUAGACCCCGAUUUUCGUUGGUACCCGUACCCCGAUAGGUAGUCCCGUCAGAAAAGCGUGCACUUACUUCAGCAUGUUAGUUUGUACCUUGUUCCGGACCCUUAACCUAUCCGAACAAAGCUGAGAGCGCCUUAUCGUAUUUCAAAAUAUUUCCUUCGGUAAUUAUAACCAUCCUAUCUUCAUCUUGACGUUGACGCUGAGUUGCAUUUUGUUUAUACUAUGGGGUCAGCGAGCCUUUUGAUCAUCUAUCAGUAUUUCUUAUCUUUCAGGCUAGUUUUUCACUAUCCCAUGUGGGCUAUGCCGACCGAGUAGAGUCCCCCUUGAUUUAACGGGGACGAAGAGGAGAACUCUAACUCACUCUCCCAUGCUUAGGGAAAAACUAGCGUUAGUAUCUUGCUCAACGAAAAAAAAUCUCGAUGCGUAUUCUUACCUUUUAGUUUUUUCACUUUUUUCCUCUAGGUCCGGCUAACGCUAAUACUUGUAGUAUGGAAAAAUCUUUGUAUUAACAUAAUGCAAGGGCCAACUCUGCCAGUAAUGCAAGGGAUCUACAUCUUCUUCAUGAUCAUCUUUGUAUCAUACAAGCAGUUCUCCGAAUAUUGCAUUCCUUGUCCACUGUAGAAAUGAGGACGAGACUACUAUGAUAAUUACUACGUGUAGUUCCACUAUAUCUUCAUAGUCGUGAAGAACGCUCACCUCUCCGAGGCGAGCCAAAUCCUAUCCUAUCCUAUUCUAUCCUAUCCUAUCCUAUCCUAUCCUAUCCUAUCCUAUCCGUAUCCUAUCUUCAUAGAUAGGAGACAACUAUGACAGUGCUGAUUUCUACGUGUAGUUCCAGCAUAUCUUCGUAGAAAUGAAGAGACCACUAUCAUUACAUCAAGCAGUCUUAUCUACUCUAUCUUCGUCUCUCUAUAUGAAUGAAUGAUCGAAUUGAAGGUUCAAGAGGAACAUCGGCAAAGAUGUUACACUUCUUAAGGCUCCUAUCCUUGUUCACUAGUAAUUCAACGACAUCCCUGUCUGGAAGGAAGGCCCCUCUCACUCUCGAUGAGUUGAUACAUCCUAGCAGGUUAGAGGGAUCACGCCUCUACUAGUAUUAGUAAGGCGAGGAGUAGACGUAUAUCAUGACUCUCAAUACAACUUCAAGCUCGAGUGAAUAUUGAAGAUUAUAUAAUUAUAUAUUCUUCAGGUUCAAGCAACUGAAACAGGGUCAGGGAUCAAUCUGAAUUAUAUGAUGAGUUCUUGUAGUAUCAUCUCGAAGAUGUUGUUAGUUGUUGUACAACUAUUAGGUCUAAUUAUUAUACUGCCGAAAGUUUCGGCAAGGGAGACGUGGAUCGGCGGAGGCAAAAGUUAAGAACUGGAUUGUUGAUUUUUCAAGACCGCGUAACUCCUGGAAAGGCAGGCAAUACUAAUACAUAUACAUCUUCGAAGACCAGAUGCAAUAGGAGGAUAAAAAAUAUGAAGAUCAUACUACUCAAAGUGUACCGUUGAAGGAGAAGAUAGUCGGACGGAAAACCACCAGAGUUAUUAUACUAUAAUAGAGGAUACGCCCUUUGAAAAAUACUUUCACAAUGGUGUACCUGGCUGUACAUAUAGCUGACACUUCGCCCCUGGUGGGAAGGGAGACCUAAGAACCCCUGGGGGGGCGCCACCUCUGUGUGGACUAAAACUGGUGCGAAUUUUCGGCCCUGAUGGGACGGCGAAUCUACUUGCGCGCCCCAGGUGGGACGCCUCUGCAAAAAGAACCGCCUUCGCGCUUCUUUUUGCCUUUGCCUGCGUGUUUUAGCGCGCUCUAGACGAGAAAGCGCGAGGCCCUUACUGUCUUCCCUGGGAAAUACUUGGGAAGCCCUCUGCGUGAGGUUUCUGGUCGCUUUCCUCCGAUGAUGCACAGGAACGAACACGAAGAGAGACGGCCAGCCCGGGGCGUCCUCCUCCAUUGUGUGCCAGGGCUGUCGCACUCUUGAUGAGGUGAGUUAACCGCCAAGGGCGCAGCAGGAGCAGGAGCGCGGUGGUGAUGGUUUCGGUGCUCCGUGUGUUCUAAGUGUCCAUGGUGAGGAGAGGCCCACAACCCCGGCAGGCUGGUGCCGCCUCGGUGUUUUCCAUGAGGGCAAGGGGGUCGGUGGGUUGCAGGUGCGACGCCUUGCGUGGCCUUGUUGGUUGCUUGUGUUGCUUGGUUGUUGGAUGUUUGUCGGACAGUCUACCCGGCCCAGUUGUGUAGCCUGGUCGCUCACCUCGCCCUCGUAGGGAUGAGGCGGCCUCCCGCCCUCUGCUUCUGUUCUUGCCACCACCACGCACGCUACAGCUACCUAGGUUGGUAGCUUCUCUCUGGGCGCCGAUCGCUCGGCCCCGGCAGCCGUGUUGAGGAGGCCAAGGCGGAACGGUCACUGUUGUUGCUGGGCGACACAGCUGAACACCUGCCGCCGGCUCCCUGGUUGGAGUUUGUUUCCCUUCGCUCUCUGGAACACGCGCGCGCGUGACGGCAUGGCCCCUACCCGGCCACAAGUUCCCCGGGAGAUUCUACACGGGCGUCCCGGCUUGCCGCCUCCGCAUCGCGUGCGCCUUGUAUGUUCAUUCUAGCAGGCCACUUGCUUUGCCGCACACUAGUGAGUAAGGCCCAACGCGUAGCCGAACUCCUUCUAUACAUACAUACAUACAUACAUACAUACAUACAUACAUACAUACAUACAUACAUACAUACAUACAUACAUACAUAUAGCUGACAGUAUUGCGUCGUAGUCGACCGCAUGUGGAAUUAAUGCCUUUGUUUUUGAUUUACUUAACUGUUUUUAUUUAGCUUCAAUCCCACUUCUGGUGCAUCAGCAUCCAGCUUGAAGAUCUCUGUACUCGAAUACUCAAAAUAGGCAAGUAACGAAAACAGUAACCAAGUAUGCAAGAUUAUUCCCCAACGUACGGCUUUUAUAGGUAGGCUUUUCUUAUACAAUGAGCAUCAAUUUACAUUUAGGUUUUUCUUGUAGAAUGAGCAUCACUUUAGGGUGUUCUUGUACAAUGAGCAUCAGAAUCAGUAUCUAGUAGUCUGUGCAGACUCAGCAACUUCAUGCUUUGCUUCCUCUAUGGUGUGAGAGAAAGUUUUCCCUCCAGUCCCUCUAAUAUGGAAUGAGCCGGUUGUGGAUGGCGAUCGCCACGUUGCAGACCAGGAUAUAGAUCGCCUUACAGACCAGACGCUCACAAGCUCUAACACGACGGGAGCAGUGCUGGUGGAUACGGAUAUUGUUAUUGGGCCUAGAUGGAAACAAGGAGGACUAAUGGAUAGGGAAUAUACAUGGCCAAAUACUACUGGAGGGCAGCAGCUAGUGGAUAGGGAAGAUACAUGGCCAAAUACUACUGGAGGGCAGCAGCUAGUGGAUAGGGAAGAUACAUGGCCAAAUACUACUGGAGGGCAGCAGCUAGUGGAUAGGGAAGAUACAUGGCCAAAUACUACUGGAGAGCAGCAGCUAGUGGAUAGGGAAGAUACAUGGCCAAAUACUACUGGAGGGCAGCAGCUAGUGGAUAGGGAAGAUACAUGGCCAAAUACUACUGGAGAGCAGCAGCUAGUGGAUAGGGAAGAUACAUGGCCAAAUACUACUGGAGGGCAGCAGCUAGUGGAUAGGGAAGAUACAUGGCCAAAUACUACUGGAGCGCAGCUAGUGGAUACAGAUGAGUUGUCUAAUACCGCUGCAGGGCAGCUAGUGGACGCUAGGGA